AUAUCUAUUAUAAUCUAUGUGUUGACGACGACUGUUCAUGGAUUAACUAGACUGAUUACCGACUCUAGACUCUAUAGAGUUAGAGUAUCUAGAAUCUAACUAUUCUAUAGAUCUAUGUAUCCGUACACAGUAGUAUUAUACGGUAUAGAGAUCAAUUGGAGAAGUACCUUAACUAAUGAGAGUUAACAGUAUACAGACAUGAGUCAAGAUCCAUUUUAUCACAAUUUGAUUCAGUUUGUGCCUGAAAAGGCUAAAGAAAGAAAUAUAGAGACCCAUGUUGAUAGUGAUGACCUGGUUAACAAUGAGGCCUCUGGUCAAGAAAUCAAACAUUUUUAUGAAUCAAUAAUAAGUGAUCAACCUAGUUGCAGUCAUAAACAUGAGCUGCAGAGCAGAAAAAUCAACAGAAGCAAGUCAACAAGCAGGAAAAGAAAAUUGGUAAAGAGUAACUCCUUAAGUGACUUCCAAACUGCUGGAGAAAAAUCUCAUUUCCAGUUUGAUGAAUCACUUAGUAAAAAACAGAGACAGUAUUUCCUUCUCUUAAAAUCAGCUCAGCUUGGAAAUCAUGAAGAGGUUCAGCAAUUGUUAGAACAGGGCCUGGAUGUUGACUACAGAGAUUUUUAUGGGUGGACAGCUUUGAUGUCUGCUGCCAGAGAAGGCCACACUGAUGUUGUGGACUGCUUAAUUCACUUAGGUGCUAACGUAAAUAUAGUCAACAAUGAUGGCCGAUGUGCCGCUUGGCUUGCCAAAAAUGCAGGCCAUCAUCUGUUAGCUGAAAAACUGAUAAAUUGCAAUGCCCCUGAGCCACAGAGCCAUCAACAGGAAGAAUUUAGCAAAUUUUAUUGCCAGUAUUGCCAGUCUGAGUUCACUGCAGUAGAUAAACUUUCUCAUGAAAGCUCAGUGGUUCAUCUCCUGAACACAAAUCGUAAACAUAAGAAACAUUUUUAUAUCAUUCCCGAGACAAACAAAGGAUUUCAAAUGUUGUUGAAAACAGGUUGGGAACAAGACAAAGGUUUAGGCCCCAAAGGUGAAGGCUGUAAAUAUCCAGUGAAAACUGUUUUGAAACAGGACCGAGCUGGUCUAGGCAUUGAGGAAAACAGCAAAAAGAAAGCCAAAGUUACACAUUUUGAUCCACAUGAUAAAUCUGCAGUACAGAAUCAGUUUUCUAAACAUGUUGUCAGGACAUUGAGUGCCAGGAAGUCUGCGCAGCGUGCAGCUAAAGUUGUAGAAAAGAAGCUAAAAUAUUUUGAGCAUAAACUUAGAUUAGAACUAAAUGGUGACUUUUAGUAAAGUUGUACAUUUCAAACACAAUUAUGACUUGAACAUAGUAUUUCCCUAGAUCUGAAUGAUGACUUUGAAUAAACUUAUUAAUUUGGAAUAGAGGGGCUUCAACUUGAAUGCACUAUAUACAUUUUGUACUUACUUACUUAACUUACUUAACUGUGUUCUCCCAGGGGAGCAUAGGGCUGCAACCACACCUCUCCACCUAACUUGGUUCUGAGCAGCUUUCUUCAUCUGUCAUUCCAGUACCCUCAGCUUCACUGAUGAAUGACCUCUUCCAGGUUUGCUUGGGUCUGCCCACUUUCCUUGUGGGUUCCAUUCAAGUGCCUGCCUUGCAACAUUGGUAGCUGGUUUUCGUAGGGUUCGUCCUAUCCAGCUCCAUUUUCAUUUUGUAGUCACUGAUAAUUUAUGUCUUUUUAAUUUAAAACAAGCAAAAUAUAAAAAAAACAAAAAAAAAAAAAACAAAGCUUGUUUAUGGGGAACAAAUCGUCAUUACAGCCACACCAGACCUUGCAGAGGAUGUCAAGAUAAUCUGUUUCUGUGUCCCACAGCUAAGGAUGUUAUGUGGCCAGCACAAUGACCAAUUAUCUUUACUUUCCCAAAUAGAGUCAGGUACCCAUUUGAGCUGUAUGGACUCAUAUGUACCAAAAAGAUAAAAUAAUUAAAAAUCCCAUUCUUCACCAGGAUUUGAACCUGGGACCCCAUGUUUUGAACAGCCAUUAUCAGUUUUGUUUUGAUGUGUAAGUAAUUAAGCAAACAAACAAUACUGAUUGAUUGAAUUAAAUAACCAAGUUUUUGUUUUAAUAAAUAACUAUUGUUUUUAUUGAAAUAUUGCAAUGUUUAUACAUAUGUGAAGGCUUGAUGGUUUUAUACUGAAGUAAUGAUUGGCUGUAAACAUUAACAGCAAAACAAAGGGUGUAUAUUCAACAAACUCUGUUUAAAUUGAAGUUGACGAACUGCAAGUUAAGUAGUUAGAUACUGAAAGAUACAUAAUUAUAUAACUUUUUUUUGGCAUUGGCAAAAAAACAACAACAUUUUGCAGAUUUUUACUUCUUGUUAAAUGUAAUAAAUACAUUUUAUUUUUAUAAAUACAAUUUUGGCUUUAUUUAGAAACAUUUGUUGGUGUUUAUAUAUAGUGGCAGAGUUUAUAUGUCAUUUAUGUAAAAUAACACAUAAAAAAAAAAUUACAGUUACAUUAGAAUGGUAAACAAUAAAUUUCGCCUAACUAUAAUAACUCAUACCCUACAGCAUCCUGCUUUUGAAGUUAUCUUUUUUUUUCUUCUUCUUCUGAGGUCUUUAAUAAAUAAAAAUUAUAAUGUUAACAAGAGGUGAUAAAACUGAAUGAAUGGUUUUUAAUGUGGCAUAGUUGAUUACUACAUUGUUUACAUUAGUUACCUUUAUUUAAAAUACUGGUAUUCUAAUAAUGUAACCACCUAAUAAGAUAAUGUAACUACUUAAUAAUCAUUUUAACAAUAAAAGGAAGGUAGUAUUGUGGUUAUGACUUGUGAAUAGCUGUUCUAAGUUCAAAUAAAAAAACAAUUGACUUGCAUUCUAAAAUGUUUUUAGUCACAGCACUAGCUAGAAUGAUGGAUUUACCCUUACUAGGAUGAUUAGCUGAUAUGCACUCUGAAAAGAAAAUGAUGCAUCUUUUCUAUUUUUUUUUUAUUAGAAAUAGAUUGUACAUAUUGGAUUGAGACAAAUUUAUGUUUCUGUACAUUUUACUUAGUCAUUUAAAAAAACAAAAAUGUACUCAAUUGCUAACUUUGUAUUCCUCACAAAGCAUAAGGAUGACAUUGUAGGUAGCACUUUACUAACACAUGUAUAACAAUGGCAGCAUCAAAUUAAAGUCAUAUUUUCCAUUUUGUACAACUGUAACAACACCUUAUAGUAUCAGGUAUACACCUUAGCCAGAUACAAUAAAAAAUAUUUUCCUGAAGUUAAUGUGAUGAAUAGGUUUCAAUGUAAUCCAAGUUAGAAAGUCAGGGUCCAAUGGAGAGGUGUACCACCCAGUUAUGAACAUCCACAGUGUGGUCACCCAGUUAUGAACAUCCACAGUGUGGUCAUUGUGCUAACCACAUAAUUUUCUAGAUCACUGACUACAAAACUAUCAGAUGAAUAUCAUUUUACACUUGCCCAAGGACUACAAAGUCUCAAAAUUUAUAAUGAAUGUAUUUACAAACUGGG